UCCACAAGGCAACCUCCAAGAUUCAAUUUCAUUCAUUCUUACUAAUUUUGUUGAAAUGAAUAAAUUAUGGGUUCGCCUUCAACAUCAAGGUCAUUCGCGUGAUCGUGAAAAAAGAGAGAUGGAGCGUAAAGAAUUGAGAAUUUUAGUCGGAACAAAUUUAGUUCGUCUGAGUCAAUUGGAUGGUGUUGAUUUAGAAUUAUAUCAAAAAACAAUAUUACCUUCUAUAUUGGAACAAGUAAUCAAUUGUAAAGAUGUUAUUGCUCAAGAAUAUCUAAUGGAAGUCAUAAUCCAAGUAUUCCAUGAUGACUUUCAUUUAAGAACACUUGGUCUAUACUUGUCAGCAACUGCACAAUUACAUCAAAAAGUUAAUGUAAAACAAAUUGUGAUCGCACUUAUUGAUCGGCUUGCUGCCUAUGCUGCCCGUGAAGCAGAUUCUGAACCACCAGAAGUGGUUAAACGUCAAGAGGAAGAAGCAGCUCGUAGACUAGCUGAAAAAUUGAGAAGGCAAAAAAUUAGUGGAUACAGUGAUGAAAAGGAUUAUGAAAACGAUGAUUUACUAGAAGAUGAAUCCCAGAGGGAAGUGGACGAUGAUAAUUUUUCUUCAAACAAAAUAAAAUCUGAUGAAGAGCCUACUGUAAAGAAAUUCCGUGGCAUUCCAGAAGAUGUAAAACUCUUUGAAGUUUUUUGGGGACAAAUUGUCAAUCUGGUCAAGGCACGUCACGAUUUAUCUAUUCAAGAUAUUACCGCUUUGUUAGUAUCAUUGGUUAAUUUGUCAUUAAGUUGCUACCCUGAUAAGAUCGAAUAUGUCGAUCAAGUUAUAGAGUUUGCAAAACAAAAAGUCCUGGAUUUCCACGACAGUCCCGAUUUACACAGUCCAGCAGCUACCUCCAAUUUACUUAAUCUACUUUUGGCUCCAAUCAACAAUUAUUCUACUGUUCUCACCCUUCUCGCUAUACCCAAUUAUUCUGCACUUCUUUCUGUUCAACCAUUUCAGACGCGCCGUUCUGUUGCACAUGCCAUU